AUGGGUCAGAUGGAAAUCCAGCAGGUUUCUAUCGUGGCUCAAAGAACAGUUGAUUGGAAGGAAUUCGUGCAAAGAUCUCACCCCAACUCGAUGGAGGAUUAUGGCGGAGUGAAGACUGUUGGAUUGCGCGAUGAAGUCUCAGUAGAGACAAGAGGCUCAUCGGAGUUGGAGGAUGGUGAACCGAGGACUUGUUCGCACAAUGCGCCAGUCUUCACUUCGCGGCUCAGAACUGUCGAGGAGGCAGGGAAAGAGCAAGAAGACGGAAUAGGCCCGUCGUUAAGGCGAACAAGUCAAGUAGCCGAGCCGUUGACGCUGUCAUGGCUAAGGUUGCCUCUUCGUCUACAAACACGAUCUCUGACGGUACGGUUGGAACGACCGUCGUAUUCAAAUUAUGUACGGGGAAGGUAG